AUGCCGGCAGUAUUCGGGGCGCCAAUGCGCAGUGAUAUUUUGAAUUUUGUUCAUGAUAGUUUGCGAAAAAAUUCGCGUCAACCAUAUGCCGUAAGCUCCAAAGCUGGUCACCAAACAUCGGCCGAGUCGUGGGGCACUGGUCGAGCUGUUGCUAGGAUUCCCCGUGUUCGCGGAGGCGGUACUCAUCGCUCCGGACAGGGUGCCUUCGGAAACAUGUGUCGCGGAGGUCAUAUGUAUGCUCCUACCAAAGUUUGGAGGCGUUGGCAUCGCCGUGUCAAUAUUCAACAGAGGCGCUUUGCCAUGUGCUCGGCUAUUGCCGCCACGGGCGUCCCAGCUUUGGUCAUGGCUCGAGGACAUCGAGUGAACAAAAUUCCAGAGCUUCCAUUAGUUGUGUCAGCAGAUAUAGAAAAGAUCAAGAAGACAAAGGAAGCUGUGAAAGUUCUGAAAAAACUUAGAGCUUGGUCAGAUAUUCAGAAGGUUUACAAUUCGAAAAGGAAUCGUGCGGGCCGUGGCAAAAUGAGGAAUCGUCGUCAUAUCAUGAAGCGAGGUCCUAUUGUUGUGUAUAAAAAGGAUGAUGGAAUUACGCGGGCGUUCCGUAACAUUCCAGGUGUUACUCUGUUGAAUGUAAAAUACCUUAACAUACUUAAACUUGCUCCUGGUGGCCAUAUGGGGCGCUUUACUAUCUGGACUGAGGGUGCUUUUCGUACACUGGACAAGUUGUAUGGUACCUGGAAAACUGGUAGUAGCAUGAAGAAUGGUUUCCACUUGCCUUCUUCUAAGGUAACUAAUACUGAUCUUACUCGCCUCCUUACGUGUCGGGCCAUUCGCAACGUUCUUCGCCCCAGGAGAAUGGAUCAUCAGCGAAGACGCUCGCACGUCAAGAAAAAUCCCCUAAAGAACAUGCAGGUCCUUAUCAAACUGAAUCCGAAUGCUAUAUCUGAGCGUAAUGCACGUAUUGGCGCACUAAGGGCUGCGCUGAAGCGGAAGAUUCGGAAGAGUGAGAAGCCUAAGUCCGCUUGUCGAAAGGUGAUAACGGAGGAAAAGAAGGACACUGAAGCUUGA